AUCUACUUGAGAGAACUGGCCAAUGGCCAACGUGCAUUAAUGGCCUUUUCGCUGCUGCAAAUAUGUCUAUAAUCUAUAUGCCUUUAUGCACAAAAAGGAAUCCACCUUUGAACAAAUCGAUACCUCUCCCUUGAAAGGUGCUUCAGUCGUAGUUGCAAUUGGUGUGAUUACUUGUUGCAGCCCAGAGGAAACUGCCAGAGGGCAAGCCUUCAUUCCAGACAUCCCAGUUACAGUGUUAGGUAUGGCAGGAGAGCCCUGCGAUUCCAAAUAGUGUAGAGUCAAUGGAUAAAGAGGGUGCAUAGAAGGUGGAAAAUAUGUCUUACAGUAACAGGGAACUGGUGGUGUUUUUUAUAAGCUAUAAACUGUCCCAGAGAAAUUAUCCAUGUUGUCAGUUGGUGCUGGAGGGUGCAAGUGGACGGACUGAGGGGGAUGAAGCCAUUGCAAAUGGGUCUUUGGGGAACAACAGGAACGGCAGAAGCAAUUUGGGUAUGCCUUCCUCUGCACAAGGGGGAAUUGAGGCGGUGAAAGCAGCACUACGGGACUCAGUGGAUGAGUUUGAGCUGCGUUACACCCGCGCAUUCAGUGAUCUCUGCUCCCAGCUCCACAUCACCCCUGCCACAGCCUACCACAGCUUUGAGAGUGUGAUGGAUGAAGUGUUCAGGGACGGGGUCAACUGGGGUCGCGUGGUGGGCCUGUUUGCUUUUGGCGGGGCCCUGUGCGUUGAGUGUGUUGAGAAGGAUAUGAGCCACCUGGUGACGCGCAUCGCAGACUGGAUGGCCACCUACCUGGACAACCAUAUCCAGCCCUGGAUCCAUAGCCAAGGAGGAUGGGACCGUUUUGCGGAGAUCUUCGGCAGAGAUGCAGCUGCAGACGUCCGACGGUCCCAGGAGAGCUUAAAAAAAUGGCUGCUAGUUGGGGUGAUGCUGCUUUCAGGAGUACUGGUCGGCACUCUCAUCAUGAAGAAAUGCCAGUUUGUGUGUUACCCUGUAUACCCUAGGACCAACUACAUACUUUCUUUCCAAAUGGACACUUGACAUAACAUUGAAGAUUCUAAAAUAUUGUUUUUAUUUAGUGUGCUCCAAGAAGUUAAACCAAACCUGUUUUCAUUUGACAUUUUCUUUAAGUGUUCCGUUCCUUCCUUGCUGUGCUGAAGUUUCAGGCAUGCACUAAAUAAUAAAACAUAUUCAUGUUUUA